AGUGAACAACCACAUUAAAUUCCACAACUCUGUCCUGUCCAGCCUACAUAUAUGGGCUACCUCCAUCUCCAUUCCUGCAAAAAAAAUCCCACUCAUAAUGAGAAUGGCACCCAGUUUCAGUUUCACCCCAUUUGGAGCAGCAAAAUGUCUCCUUGUCUUCUUCUCUCUUCUCCCCACUGCCAUUCCAUCAGAAAUCUCCCCUCCUGCCUCCCUUGUUUAUAAUGUCGACUGUGGUUGUUAUGUACCUCCACCCCCGCCGCCCCCAUGCCCGCCGCCGCUGGAUCCGGUGAUACGGAAGUCGAUUAAAGCCAUAAGGACUUUCAAGAAAUCGAUAACAUAUGACCCACAAAACAUCACCCAAAGCUGGGAAGGCAAUGAGCUGUGCAUAAAUAAGAAGAAGUACCAAGGGUUCUUCUGCUACGUGCCCAGAGGCGGCGACAAGAAAAGGGUCGGUGGGAUUUACUUCAACGGCUACAACUUCAACGGUAACGGCCUGUCGCUUAACAGCUUCGUGGAAUCCUUCAACGACUUGGUCGUCAUCCACGUGAAUUCCAAUAACUUCACCGGAGCUCCGGGAAUCCCCGUCCAGAAAUUCCCCACGCUCUUCGAGCUUGACCUCAGCAACAACAAGCUCGCCGGCGCGUUCCCCACCGCCGUCCUUGAAGCCACCAACUUAACGUAUUUGGAUCUCCGGUUCAACAUGCUGACCGGCCCGGUCCACCCGCAGGUUUUCACGUUAGACCUCGACGCUCUGUUCCUCAACAACAAUUUCUUCUCCGGCCCGCUCCCCGACAACCUCGGAUCCACGCCGGUUUUCUUCCUCACCUUAGCCAACAACCAAUUCUCCGGCCCCAUCCCCAAAACCAUCGGCAAUGCUUCGUUCCUGCUCGAAGUUCUGUUCUUGAACAACAAACUCUCCGGUUGUCUUCCUUACGAGAUUGGGUUACUCAAAAACUCGACAGUUUUCGACGCCAGCAUUAACCAAUUGACAGGUCCCAUUCCACAAUCCUUUGGGUGCCUGGAAAAACUGGAGAUUCUGAACCUGACAAACAAUCAGCUUUAUGGGUCUGUUCCAGAAUCUUUAUGCAAGCUGAAAGAUCUGGAGGAGCUGAGUUUGAGCGGCAACUAUUUUACCCAGAUUGGGCCGGAAUGCAGAAACCUUCUGGAGAAGAAGGUUCUUGAUAUAGACAACAACUGCAUAUUGGAUCUUCCCAAUCAGAGAAGUGCCCAGGUCUGUAAAGAUUUCUUCUUGCACUACCAGAAAUGCCCAGACCAUAAAUCCUUGUUGUAUGUGCCUUGCGACAUUGAUGAAUCUCCCAGGAAGGCAGGUCCCCAUCCCCAUCCUCAUCGUCCUUACAAAAAACAUAAAAGAGGUUCUUCAACUACCUAUGCGGCCCUCAAGGUUGACAGGCCAUGAAUGAUGAAUCUGCAAGUUCCACUUCUUCUGGUGUAUGUAUGUAUGUAAUUAAUUACCUCAAUAGUUUCGAGUAAUUAUUUGGUAUUGAUUUUCUUGUCUCCCCACAUUGGGCUUAAGCCCUACUACAUAGGCAAGAACUUCAUCAUAUUUGUAAUUGUUCUUCUUUAAGGUUGUUUGUAAAACUAGGUAUGUAUGUAUUGACUUCUAAACUCAUAAAUAAUUGAAGAAUUGGCAAAAAUGGUGCCUUCUUCAUUGCUCAAUGUAGUUUCCUUGUCCAGUUCAGGCAUCUAUCAGAGUUUGAUGCAUCUAUAUUGAUGAAAAUUUGAGCUAAUA